AUGAUAUAUCUUUGUAUAUCCAAAUUCGAGCUUGAGAUUCAAGAGGCAAAAGAGCUUAAAAAGUUCUUCUCUUUAGAUGAGAUUAAAGCAUUAAGGGAGGAGAAGGAUAAGAGAUCUAAGGAUAUUGAAUCGGAUAGUAUUAGCGAUACUGAAGAGCAAGCUAUAGCAGAUUCUAAGGAUCUUAUUGAUGUGAUUACUAAUGAUGAUGUUAAUGACGAUGUUGAUGAUGAUAUUGAUGAUGAUGUUGAUGAGCUUGGUCCGCGGAUACGUACUUCUGGGAGGAAGAGAAAGAUCACUUUAGAUGAUGAAUUUGAGACCUACUAG